AUGGAGCCACCAGCAAAGAAGCCGCGGCUGCCGCACCCGAAGGGGAACCCUGAGGUAGCGGCGCAGAACAAAGAAAUACAGGCGCAGCGCAAAGUGGCCGCCAGAAAAAUAAGCAGACAAGCCGCGAGAAAUGAAGCCCAUAUGCAAAAAUUUUCGCUGCCUGCGGACGGCUUCUAUCUUCACAAGCUUGAUGAGUCUGUUGUCAAGGAUGCAGUGGCUAGUUAUGACAAGGUCAAGGAGGGGUUCGCGGCAAAGAAGAGGACAAAUGGAUGGACGACUUACUUCGGAACGGACACGACCGCGCAGGCAAAAAGAAGUGGGCGAUGGAUGAACGGCAAACUUAAACUUAACCUUUCUACACAUGCAAAUUUAAGCAACAUCACAGGUUCAGGUACGAUGGGAGAGGUCGUAUUGGCUACGGAGGAGAAUAUUGACCAGCAGAUAAUGCAUACAGACCAUGAGGCAAAAAAAGGUAAGGAAGAAGAAAUUGGGUUUAUCGUCAUCCCGGUCACAGAAGCAGGGACGAAUUUAUGCGUGUCUCGGGGAUCACAUAAAGUUGAAUAUUGUAAGAAAGAAGGGGAUCAAUGCAUCCCAGCGGACUUCUCCAACGAUGCUCAGCCGAUUGAAAUACCAUUCGGGUAUGCUAUGAUAGAUUUAUUUCCUGAUCGCAAAAAUAUGGCACUUUUUUCAUGUUUGGCACAUGGCGAGGAGAAAAAAAAAAGAAAAAAAAAAAAAAAAAGAGGCGCCGAAGGCGCCGAAGGCGCCGGAGGCGACAAAGGCGCCGAAGGCGCUGAAGCCAGGCGGAGCGACGCGCGGACUCGCGGCGGCGACGCGGCGGCGCAGCGCCGCACGGGCGAUCGCGCGCGCGCCGUCCGCGCGGCGCCGCCGCGCCGCGGCCCGCUCGGCCACGGCGGCGCCGACGCGCGCGACCGCGCACGCGAGGACCGCGCGGCGCGGCCGCGCGGCGCUGCUCUGCGGCGCGCGGCGCGCGCGCGCCAGGCGGCGACCGCGGCGCGCCGCGCGUCGAGCGCCGCGGCCGCGGCCGCCGCGGCGAUUGCCGCGAGCGCGCCGCGGAGCGCGCGAGACCGCUGGACGUGGACCACGUGGCGCGCCACCGUCAGCCGGAGCGUGCGGCGCGCGGCCGCGGCCCAAGCCGCGAGGCCCCGGCGGAGCCGGCUCCGAGCGGCCGCCGCUGCGGCCGCCGCCGCGGCCGCCGCCGCCGCCAGACAGCGACGCGGCUCCUGA